AUGUGGACCACAACCUCCGGCUUGCGGGGCAAGAAGCUCCAUGUCGCCAUCACCUUUACAUCCGUCGUCGGAUUCUCACUUUUCGGUUAUGAUCAGGGUUUGAUGAAUUCCCCCCCUCUCCAUGGUGACUCUGAGCACGUCGCCGUUCUGCGUGGUGCGGUCACUGCCUGUUACGAACUCGGUUGUUUCUUUGGUGCUAUCUUCACUAUGAUGUACGGUCAACGUAUUGGUCGUACUCCUCUCCUGGUGUCCGGUGGUCUCCUCAUGAUUCUCGGUACUGUUAUCUCUACUGCUGCCUUCGGCCCUCACUGGGGACUGGGACAGUUCGUUGUUGGACGUGUCAUUUCCGGUCUUGGAAACGGAAUGGACACCGCUACUAUCCCCGUUUGGCAGUCCGAGUGUUCGCGCGCUCACAAUCGCGGUUUCCUCGUCUGCUUCGAGGGUGCUAUCAUCGCCGUCGGUACCUUCAUCGCAUACUGGCUUGAUUUUGGUCUCUCCUAUGUCGACAACUCGGUUCAGUGGCGUUUCCCCGUCGCUUUCCAGAUUGUGUUUGCUAUCCUCGUCACUGCCGGUGCUCUUAUGCUUCCCGAGUCGCCUCGUUGGUUCGUCAUGCAGGGUCAUGACCAGGAGGCCCUUCAAGUCCUCGCCCAGCUCAACGACAGUGCUGUCGAUGCGGAUGAUGUGCUUGCCGAUUUCAACCUUAUGAAGGCUGAUCUUAAGGCUAUGCAAAGUAUUGAGGCCGGUAGCAGCUGGGGUAUCCUCUUUACUGGUGGUAAGACUCAGAACUUCCAGCGUAUGAUGAUUGGUUGCUCUGGUCAGUUCUUCCAGCAAUUCACUGGUUGCAACGCUGCUAUUUACUACUCGACCCUACUGUUCGAGCAGAACUUGCAUAUGACGGGCAAGCUUCCCCUAGUUCUAGGAGGUGUGUUCGCCACUGUCUAUGCUCUCGCCACUAUCCCAUCUUUCUUCAUGAUUGAGAGGGUCGGUCGCCGUAACCUAUUCUUGAUUGGUUUCCUCGGCCAGGGUCUUAGUUUCAUAAUCACUAUGGGUUGUCUCAUCGAAUCGAAUGCGCAGAACGCCAAGGGUGCUAUCAUCAACCCCCUCCGCACCCGUACUAAGGCCGCCUCCGCUUCUACCUGUAUGAACUGGAUCACCAACUUCGCCGUCGUUAUGUUCACUCCUGUGUUCUCUAACCAGUCCGACUGGGGUAUCUACCUCUUCUUCGCGCUUGUCAACUUUAUCGCUAUCCCCUUCGCCUGGUUCUUUUACUGUGAGACCGCCGGUCGUGAUCUCGAAGAAGUUGACAUUAUCUUCGCCAAGGCCCACGUUGAGGGCAAGUGGCCUUACCAGGUCGCACAGCAGAUGCCCAAGCUCUCCAUCGCUGAAAUAACUCAGAUGCAGAAUGAGCUGGGUCUCGAUACCCCCGACCUCCGGGUCAACACCGAAGCCGAGAAGGCUGAGGCUGCCAUGAGCAGCGGCAGUGAGGCCAAGCACGACGAGUAA